CCAGCAUUAGUUGCUUCGAUCAUCUCAUCCUCACCGCAGAGGAGUCCCUUGAAUAAGCCCACUAGUCGCGAUAUUUUUCCGAGAAAAUUUUGUGUGUUCUCAUUGUACCAAAUUAACUGCCUCAAAUCACCCGGAACAAAUCAUUCCCCGGGAGAGUGACGAUCAUUGGUGAUGAUAAGCAAAACGAUCCUUUGGUGUGCCCUAUUGGGUAGUGCUUUAACAGCCCGGCUAGAUAAUCUGUACGGGGCACCAGCGCCACCGGGAGCUGGGCGCGGUGGUGGAGGUAACAGUAAUUUUCUUAACGCUCCCCGAGCGGAAGCUCAGUAUGGUGGAGCACCUUCGAAUCAGUACCUUCCUCCCACCGGACAAGCUAGCAAUCAGGGAGGUUACCCCUCGGUAGCUCCUCUUGGUGGUAGUCAAGCUCAAAGCCAAUUUGGAUACAACCCACAACAGGGACAGCACCACCAACAGCCACAACAACCAUCGCAGCAACCAUCGCAGCAACCCCAAUCAUUUGGUGGAUUCGGUGGGGGUCAGUCUGGCAGUGGAUUCGGUGGCAAUCAGCCUGGUGGUGGAUUCGGUGGAAAUCAACCGGGUGGUGGAUUCGGUGGAAAUCAGCCGGGUGGUGGGUUCGGCGGAAGUCAAUCAGGCGGUGGAUAUGGUGGAACUCAGUCUGGUGGUGGAUUCGGCGGUGGUCAGUCUGGCAGUGGAUUCCAAGGUGGUUUCCAACAAUCGCGAACCACGCCGAUCCCGAUUUUACGAUAUGAAAAUGUGAAUAACGGCGAUGGAAGCUAUCAUUUCGACUACGCGACAGGCAACGGUAUCCAACACAAGGAAGAAGGCUACAAUCGCAAAAUCGGACCCGAGCUAGGCGAGCAGAUUGUUUCCGGUGGUUACUCGUACACGGGACCCGAUGGUAAGCUGUACAGUAUCCAGUACAAGGCUGAUGCUGGGGGAUUCCAACCGGUUGGCGAUCACUUACCAACUCCACCACCACUGCCACAGGAAUUGCAGGAUGCCUACAACCUACAUGCCAAACUAUAUGCUGAAGCCGCUGCCCGUCCAAAGAAUCCGGCCUAUCAGGGACCACAAGGUUACGACCAACAGCAACCAGGUCAGCAGUACGGAGCUCCACAAUCACAGUACCAGUCUCCAAACCAACAGUAUGGAGCACCUCAACCGCAACCGCAAUACCAAGCUCCUCAGCAACAGUUCCAAAAUACUGCCACCUCAGUUCAAGGUUACCAAUCGGCGCCCUCAAACCAGUACCUGCCACCAACAAACAGCCAGCAAAGCUUUAACCCCAACUCUGGAUACCAAUACUAAACCACCCACUACCCCAUCUCUCACACGUACCUCAGAGACCAAACGCGAAGCGCCAUAAAAACAAGACGAAAAAAACACCUUCGAAGUGACCAGGCCGCAAAACUGGAACAAAUGGCACACAAUAGAGCAAUUUGCAAUGAUGAUGCGUUAUCGGCGCGAUAAAUUAAUGAUGAACGCAUCACCGCACUACGGAGGAGAACACAAAGAACAAUGGGACAAAGAAUGCCGCUUCAAUUAUUACCAACCAAUGCUGCCGCAUGGAUGAACUGCACGCUGCUGUAAUGUUAUGCAGGAAUGUAACAAGUGUAACAUCAAUUUUCUUACCAACAAUAAAGCUUUUGCAAAUAUUCCGAACCGGACAACCAAUCAAA